CUGAAGGAAUGGGUGACUUCACGUGGUCCGCUUUGCCAUGCCACCAUCCCUGCUUUGUGACACCAGGGGCUGCCCAAUCUGCUCAUGGACGCUUCAUCGGCCAUCCCACUUACAUCUGCGGUCAUUCUGUCCUAACACAUCCUACUUGUUUUGUUAGACCACAAAUCUCAACAAGAUGUUCAUGUCUCAGCUUCUGCUCUCAUGUCCGUGAAACAACAUGUGAGGCCAUAAAGAAUUUGAAAGAAUCGUUGUACACUGCUGAUGUUCCUGUUCUGGCAAGAAGGGAAACCGAUGGCUAUUAUUACCAAGGUACAAUAAUAAAAGGCAUAGAGGGUGAGAUGAGAAAAUUCCUGGUACAAUUUACCAGGCCAUUUGCAGUGGGUGAAGAAGACAUAAUGAGUGUGCAAGAAACAGCCAGUACUGACAUCCUUGAAUGUGUGACUGGAAUGAAGCACUCCAUCCUGCCAGGUGACAAAGUGUUGGCACCUUGGGAACCAGAGCAGAAAAGAUACGGGCCUGGCACAGUCCUCCAAGGCAUGGAGACUAGGGAUCCUCUGAGAGAGAGAGAAGAUGAAAAAAUUACAGUCAGCUUUUGGAAUGGCAAGAAAGCCAAAGUCCCAUUGGGCGUAGCCUUGUGGAUUCCACCCCACCAGUGGAAGAGGAUUGUAGAGAUGAUCCACAUGCCCCACACUACCAGGAAAAAAAUGGAAGGGCAGCUCCGCAGGGCUAACUGUUAUGCUUGGCCUCAUUCCAUAUCACCCUGUACAUAUCCGUGCACUUUGGGUGACCUCCAAAGGCUUCACUGCUCACAUUGCUCUUGUUUAUAUCCUUAUUCUAGCUGCUUCCGAAACACAUGCUCACAACGUGGAUAUACACAGUAUGUUUCCUGCUGCUCCCCUAAGUAUAGGAGGUGCUGGUGGCAGCCCCCUUCAGCUGAAUUAGCCAAGGAAGAAAUCAGUAGCAGACCCACCACACAAUUAUUAGCAGUGGAAGGUUCUCCUAAAGCAGAGUCUGCUAUUGCUGUGCCUGACUCUUCUUCAAGCUCUUCAGCUACCCAAACUGAUUGGAAAGCAUCUUUGACAAUGGUAGAUCAUGCCGUGAACACAGAUUAUACCCUAUUUGAUAAGCCCACGGUACAGGAAGUCAAAAGGCCAGACUGGAAAUACUGGAAGAGAAGUCACCCAAGCUCCCCAUAUAAGAGCCAAGGAUCCAAUGUUUUCAGCAGCUGCAGCAGAAAGGAAAGAACUGGAUCCAAAAUAGUUCCACAUAUGGAUACACCGCCAAUCAUGCUAUUAAACCAGAGUGCCAUAUUUGAAACCAUUGAACAGUAUCCUCGAAACAAACUUAAAGUGAAGAAAAUCUUGACCCAGGAAGGUACAAAACCAUCACCAUGGGGAGGGUAUUGAAAAACUUGUGCUUGAUCUUAGGUAUUAAAACAGCAAUUCUACUUAUUUUGUUUAAGUGAAGAUCUGCAAGAACGCAAUAAAUCACUUAAAUAAGACUGUGUCUGGUACUUCUGUAUGAAUGUGGGUCUGUCCAUGGAAUUGCUUUCCAGCAAGCUUUUAAGUUUCUAAUUGCACCACUGUAGUAUUCAUGGAAGACAACAAAUGGAACCAAAGUUGAAGCAGUUUUUCACAUAGGCCCCUUCCACGCUGCACCUAUAUCCCAGGAUCUGAUCCCAGA